AUGGGGGCUGUCAACAGUAGACUCGACGACGGAGGGGCCCUGUUCCUGCGGGACCAGAACCGAUUCUCCGUUGCGUCGCUCUCUAUCACAAAUGGCCGCAACCGUACGCUUCUGAACAUCUCGCCGAAUGCUUUCCCCUCGAACAGAUAUAGUGCGAAGAGAGAUGUAGGGGAUGACAGCGUUAUCGAAUAUAUACAGGACCCCGAAUCACUCUCCUCCGGCGGACUGCCAUCCUUUCUCAUCCGCUUAACAAACGACGAAGAACUUACUUUCAACUUCACAUUUAUCAUUCGCCAAGCACAAGCUCCUCCAAGUAUAUACAAUGUCAAUAAUGCCUCUACCAUUACCCCAAAUGGACUCAUCGAUACCGUCAUUAAUGGCCUCACGUUUGUCUUUGCCCCCAGUACAAAGGACUUGGACAAUUUGGUCACGAGGGAGUUUCACGCAAAUCCAAAUCUUCACAAAAAUCCCCAGGUGGAGUUGGUGGGUGAUUAUUCGACAGGUGGAAGCGCCUCAGUUCAGUUCGAAUGGUCCUGGAGAUGGAAACCUCCGAAGUCAGGCGAGGAUCGAGGCGGAGGAUGGCGUACAAGCUGCAGUUUUGUCGAGUAUGACCAGCGUGCACACCGAUUAGACACAUUAGCAAGCUUCGCAUUCUGGGUCCAGAACACACAACGUCAAGUUCAAAGCCCAAAAUCCCCCUCGCCGCGGCUAGAACUUGGUGUACCUCCAAGACUCAGAGUCCCCUCCGCACAGUCGAUUGAAUCGCGCGUCAGUGAUUCGGAUGAAUAUAAAGAUACCAUGGAUUAUAUCCCUCCAAGGUCUCCGACUAUUGAUUCCAUACCGGAAUAUGGGCUUGGAUUAGUCCCAAGCCAAGCAACAACGCUGACCAGUAACACCGUCAAGGUGGACGUCAGCUGCCAACGUCCCAGCGAGGACUUGAGUCAGACUGAGGAUGGACCUCUCUUCAGAGCGACGAUGAAGUCUCUGGAACAAAGGACCGGCAAUAUGCGCACAAAGUGGAAGAAGGUUCUCAAGCGCGCCGAAGCAGCGCUCGAAGCCCAGGUCAACUGCAACAGUGCUAUGUCGGAUUUGAUGGAGGCUCUUCGAGAAGCUUCCUCGUCAAACGCAAACGCAGUACAACCCGCAAUUGACCAUUAUUUUGACAAGAUCGCCAAAGAAAUCUUGUCUUACGAAAAGUCAAAUACAACCAACAUCCAGAAGCUCAUCAUUGAACCCAUUUCUAAGCUGUACAAUGUCGAUAUUAAACAAGCUGAAGCUAAGAAGAAGGACUUUGAGGAAGAAAGUAAAGAAUACUAUCAAUAUGUCAGCAGGUAUCUCGGCCAACGGCAAGAUUCACUCAAAGAGAAGAAGCGUGCCGAAACCGAUUCCAAGUACCAAUCGAAACGCCGGAACUUUGAGCUCAAGCGGUUCGACUAUUCAUCUUUCAUGCAGGAUCUCCAUGGGGGACGGAAAGAUCAAGAAGUCUUGUCACACUUGACGAGAUAUGCGGAUACGCAGGCUAAGAAUUACCUUGACACAGCAAAGAAAAUCGAGACGAUGAUACCACAGCUAGAAGCAUUGAGCUUCGAGGUGAAGGAGGUGGACAAAGAAUUCCAGCUCCAGAGGACUGAAAGGGAGGAAAAGAGACGAUUGUUGGAAAAGAGCAAAAAGCCCUACGACGAACCGCCACCAUCCCAAGUGGUCCCAGCAACCCCUUCAAAUGGGAGCGUAGCUCGUCCAAUUGGAUCAUCUGACGCAGAUCUCCCUGGACGGAAAGGCAGCGUUGCUCCCGUUUUCCAGAGUACAGUUAGCCCUCCUCCACCGGCCACUUCAUUAUCUAGCCUUCCUUCAUCUAUAACAUCACCGCAAAGUCCCGAAUCUAGUCAAGCUACCCUACCUGUUGGAAGUCCGAAUCUGAACAAGUUCAAAGGAAUUCGUGACUUAGAAGAUAAGGAUCACGCCUUCUUCACCGCGGGCCGCGAAACGAGCCACGGUGCACACAGGAAAGAGGGUCUCUUGUGGGCCCUCAGCAAGCCAGGCAGCCAUGUUGACCCCAAGGGGCUGAACAAACAGGCUUGGCACAAAUUCUGGAUUGUUCUCGACCAGGGGAAGCUCUCCGAGUACACUAAUUGGAAGCAAAAACUGGACCUUCAUAUUGACCCAAUUGACCUUCGAAUGGCCUCAGUCCGAGAAGCACGCAAUGCGGAUCGCCGCUUCUGUUUCGAAGUCAUCACACCUCAAUUCACACGAGUCUACCAGGCCACUUCAGAAGACGAUAUGAAGACCUGGAUUUCAGCUGUCAAUAAUGCCCUUCAAAGUGCUGUUGAAGGGACGGGCAAGAACGACCGUAUUUCUACGGAUUCUUUACCUGGAUCAACCAGACGGGAUAUUGCUUCCGUUCUCACUGGGAAGAGUUCAUCACUUUCUAAUCAUCGAAAUAACUACAGCUCGAAAACCCCCGCGCGACAUGCCACAGUCGGUGAUCGGCCCUCAUACCGGAACAUAGAGAAUACCGGCGACGACGGCAAGCUCUUGCAGCAAAUCCGCGAUGCAGAUGCUGGGAACAAACUCUGCGCCGAUUGUGGAUCAGAGAGCAAGGUGGACUGGGUGUCCAUCAACCUUGGCAUUGUCAUUUGUAUUGAGUGCAGUGGCAUUCAUCGCUCUCUUGGGACGCACAUCACAAAAGUCCGGUCACUCACGCUAGACACGAACUCUUUCACUCCCGAUAUCAUCGAAAUUCUCCUCAAAAUUGGCAACCGCGUCAGCAACAUGGUCUGGGAAGCGAGGCUCGACCCAGGGCUGAAGCCGUCUCCAACUUCAACUCGAGAACAGCGACUCCACUUCAUCACAUCAAAAUAUGUAGAUCGUGCUUUCGUUGCUCCCAUCUCUCCAACCCUCUCACACUACGCUACUCCCGAAGAGACCCUCCUAGCCUCUAUUAAGAAGAACGACAUUAAAAACGUUCUCUAUGCCCUAUCCUUACGGGCGGAUCCGAAUGCGAAAGAUCGAUCGCGUGGAACGCAUGCCGUAUUCCUAGCUCUUGCCGCAGCUGAUCCUGCCUCUCCAUCAGCGUCUGCUUCUCCUGCAAGCUCCCCAGGCCCGGGUGCCCGUCCCCCGACACCUCAAUCCACUCGAAAACCAUUUCCGAUUGCCGAGCUUCUGUUGCAGAAUGGCGCCGAUCUCCCUACUCAGCCUGCACCAAUACCACUCAGCUCUUCAACGCGCAUGUAUCUCGAUCACAAAGCUGAUCAAAGAGCAGGGAAGAGGCCGUCAGGCGUCGGAAGUCCUGCUAACCCUAGUGGAGACACUCUAACUGCACUACCUCAUAUCACAGCUGGUAAUGGAAGCACUCCUGCUGAGAGAGCGCGUGAGCGGGAGUCAAGGCUACAGAAGAGAGUAAGCGCUGGCGGAAGGUUGGUGAAGAAUCACUCUGAUAAUAGCGAAGGUAGGCGAGGCUUGUAA